AUCACCACAAGAAAAUUAUUACCGUUUAUUUCUAACAUUAUUUCACUCCUAGUACGUAUACCUACUAUUAAAAAAAUCAUUGGAUUACCAAUGCUUAUACAAAUUUUCAGGGUUACUUACUACAAAAACCUCGUUAAUUUUUGCUAUCUCAUAUGCGCUUAAAGCGCAUUCCAUUGGCAUUUCCCCUCAGCAUCAGCUUUUAAUUAUGAGCGACAGAGUCCUGUCAGCGCCGAGCUAGGACAGUAUGCAUCAGGUUUUGGCCUAAUACAAAUGGGCUGCGUUCAAACAUUAAUGAGCACAGUUAGCCUAGUACAGGGAGAAGGUCAUCAUCUAUUGCAUAAUAUUCUUAUUUCAUGAUGAAAUGACACAUUUGACACCUUUACAUUUUACAUUUAACUGUGUUUCUGGAUGGUAAAACGACUAGACUGGACUGUUUUCAGAUAUGAAACCAAUCCGGUGAUCUGUCGAACGAUAUUAAGAGAGCAAUGAUGUCGACGAAUGUUGUUCAUUUAAACUUCAGUUUAUUUAUUUGACCUUGAAGAAUUAAUAACCACAUGCAAUGCGUGUCUCCACUUUCUUCAACGUUACUUCUCAUUGGAACAUUGCUCUAGCCAUAUAAAUGUAACUUAUGUAAGUAAUGUAAGUAAAGUAGUAGUCAAACAAUUCCAAGAGCGUGACAAAGGUCACCGUUGCAGAAACCCAAUCCAGUGCACUGCCUUGCGAUAGCAUUUUUUAUGUUAGUCCUGCAUGGGCGCCUGUUGAGUAGCAAUGGUAUCGCGCACAAAGUAGGAUUUUGUUUUCCAAACGACAUAGCUUUCCUUAAAAACCCAUUGGAAAUCAUGUAGCUACACCCAAUAUUUGUUUUUGUACUGUUAGGAUAACACUUGAUAUGAAGCAAUGCGGGUAGUUAUAGUGCGACGGACGAUAUUUCUUACAAACGACCUCAUUGAGAGUAAAAUGCUGGCCACUCGGAAGGGUUGAGCCCGGAAUAGUGUAUGAACUAUUUACGAAUGCCUUACUUACGAAUGACUUACUUACAAAUGAAUUACUUACGUGUAUGAAUAACGUAGUUUAGCAGCAGUUCUUGGCAGGAACAAAAACUUGAGCUAGAGAAACUAAGCGUUUAUUAAUGAUUAUAUAUAGUUACUAAUAUUAACCUAUAAUUUACUGUAUGAAUAAUAUGUUUUUUAAUGAUUUUCACGAAUUUCAGUAACUUGUGGACACAUUAUAUAGGCCUAACCAUAACGCCCGCCACCGCUUAUUUGCAAUAAAAUCCUUCAAGCAUAAACGGCGAUGGUGAAGUAAAACAACCCACGCUCUACCCCGCACCUCAAAACACUCUACUCGCGUCCUAAAUCAAAUUUGAACUGUAUUAUUUUUAUCGAACGGAUAGCUAAGUUUGGAUAUUCCUCGUCAUACAUACGCGGCUUUGAGUAAAUACAUACGGCCCGCGAAGAAAACUUGAAAUACAGAUAAUAUAUAAUGCCUUAAUCAUCGCAACGUAUUUCUUAUAUUUAGGCAAAUAGACGUUGAAUUCCGCAUAUUGGUUAUUGGCAGCUGCUCGUCUUUGCGUACGUUAAGCUGCAAACUCUAUGGCAUGUUUUUUUUACUCUUUACUCCAUGAUGCGGUAGCACGUUACGGAUACUGAUGCUACAUUUUGUUGUAUCUUGCAACAUUGUUUUAAAUACUACCCCACUGUACAGGAAGAACUUACCUUCGACAGAGCUUGCAUAAUGCGAAUGAGUAAUGUCUACUGUAAGUUGUAUUAAAUUUUUAUGGAACGCAUAACUUCAGUAGUGUACCGGAGUAUAGUACUCUGAGCAGCUAGGCCGCGCAGCAGCGGAGAUGAUUCUUGUGUCAGGGGGAGCACUACACAGCUGCUGCUGUUGCUGCUGCUGCUGCUCAUGCUGCUGCUGCUGCUCAUGCUGCUGCUGCGGGCAAUCGGGAGUUGAAAGCUGAGCUGCCCCUGGCUUAACCAACAGUGUUGAGGUAGAGCAGGAUGUGAAAGUACCUCUUGGUUAAAAUCGUCGAAGCCUUCUCUCUUUCCCUCUCUCUCGAGUGCCGGACCGCCUCGUGCCUUUCACCGCGUGUCUUAACACCGGCUAGUGAUUCCACCUACUCGCAAAGUAACUCUAGAACGUGCGUCCAUAUUGCUGCUGCGGAUUCAUCUCUCGUAGACCAUCCAUGAUACCAUCCAUCGUGCGACGUUCGUGAACUUUACUCGUCUGAGCGAAUCGUGAUAGUGCAGCUCGCGCGCGCCUUUGUUACAGCGCACUAUAUUGUGGUUCUACUAAAUUCCUAGGCAAAGGAGUGAAAUCUUUUUUUGACGCGCAGCUAAAAUUAGUCGCAGCAGUUGCGUUCGUUCUGCUGAACAGCUGAUGGAGUCUACGGGGCUGGUAAUGUAACCGACGGCCUGACGUGGGCCGUAUGAUCGCCGACGAGGUUUCGUACAUUUUUUUGCCGUUGGUGCUUGGCUGUGCUGCAUUUUUUUAUGCGUAUAUCAUUCAACUGACCAUGCCUGCACCGCUCGUCUCCGGGGAAGAUUCUGGAGCAACUCAAGAUGAAGAAGAGAAAGAAAAUGAAGCACCACAGUUCGUCAUUCGACCUCGCACCACCAUGGUCGAGCUCGGCAAAACGGCAAGGUUUCAAUGCAGUGUGAGCGGGACCCCAAAACUAUCCGUUGCGUGGGAUAUAGACGGUUCGACGAUAAGAAAUGGCGGACGCUUCCGCGUUUUUAACGACGAUAUCAAUUCUCACUUCCUCGAAAUAUCCAACGUCGCAAAGUCGGAUCUUGGAACGUACACGUGCACAUGUAGCAAUUCUGUAGGGACCGUUACCGCCUUCGCUGCACUGCAGUUGGCAGGUGAUAUUGGAGAAAAAGUAGAAUUCCACAGACAAGCUUCGUCUCAUCUAGAAGCGCCCGAGUUCGUCCAGCAUCUACAAGACAUGGAGGUCACAGAACAUUCUGAUGUCAAGUUGACAGUCCGAGUUCGCGAGGUGUUUGACGAGGAUAAGUGCGCGCCCGUGUUCCUAGAGAAGCCGAAGCCCUGGAGCGGUACCGAGGGUUCCCCCGUGCGCUUCUCCUGCAAGGUCGACGGCGUGCCGCUACCUGUCGUCGAGUGGUUCAAGGACGGGGAGCCGAUCCGACCUGGCGGUAGAUUCAAGGUGAUAAGAGAAGGCUACGCGAAUGCUAUAGAAAUUCCCAGCGUAGGGAUGGAUGACGAAGGUCGCCUGACGGUGACAGCAAGGAACUCUCAGGGAGAACAUUCGUGCACAGUCUCCAUAAACGUUUACCCUGGCAGCGACGAUGACGAAUACUCAAGAACUGAGUAUUUUGAAACGGAGACCACGGAGGUUCAACAGCAAGACUUCCGACGCGUGCUGAAAAGACACGUGGAGAUUCGUCGCAAACCAGAAUUUUCGCGCGAGUUCAUGGACAAACAAGUCAGGGAGGGCGACCCGGUCACGUUCGAAUGCGUUUUAUCAGGUCAACCGGAACCAGAAAUUGUUUGGACAGUAGACGACAAUAGAAUCAGGGAAUCUCCCGACUCGAGGAUGAGUUAUGACGGCGAGGUUGCCAGGCUGCAGCUACGACAUGCGAAGGCGCACGACGAGGGCGAGUACAAAUGUACGGCCAUCAACGUCGCUGGAGAGACUUCGUGCGCAGCCGAGCUGUCUGUUAGAGAUGCAGAGGAUGACGAACAUAUGAGAAAGCAGGGAGGUGGGCUGUCCGCCGCUAAGAUUGAGAAGGGUCCCGGCAACGUCACCAUCCGCCGGGGAAAGAAGGUCACCAUUAAAGUGCGCUUUGCUGGUGAUCCUAUACCAGAGGUCAAGUGGUUCAAGGGGGACGAGGAACUGUGUCCCGGAGGCAGAAUCACCAUCGAAACACACAACAACCUCACCAAGCUAACAAUCAGAUGUACCAGAAGCACCGUCUGGAAAGCCAGAGGUGGAAGAGGUGACAGCCAACUCUGCUGUGCUCAGUUGGGAUGCACCGAAUUUCGAUGGGGGCUCGCCGAUCACUGGCUAUACAAUCGAGAUGUGCAAAGCAAAAGAUAAACGCUGGAAGGUGGUAAAAGAGGGCAUCAACAGCCUGUCGUACGAGGUUCGUAGACUGCAGCCACAGACCAAGUACAUGUUCCGAGUGCGAGCACAGAACGUUCACGGGGCCAGUGAGCCGAGCAAACCUUCCGACCCAGUCGCAACGCUGGAGGGAGAAGAAGAAUGGCCUUUUGAGCCACAGACGGUGCUCAUUCAGGAGGAUACGCACAUCAAGGACAAAUAUGAAAUUAAAGAGGAAAUUGCCAAAGGACGCUUCAGCACCGUAUACAAGUGCGUGGAUAAGACAACGAACAGAGAGUACGCUUGUAAGCUGGUUAACGCCGUGAAGAAGAGCUCGAGGCAAGCAGUCCGAGACGAGGUGGACAUCAUGAACCAACUACACCACCCGAUGCUACUACAGGCCAACGACGCCUUCUCCAAGGGCAAAGAUAUGGCCAUCGUCACAGAGCUCGUUCCCGGGGGCGAGCUGUUGGAGCGCAUAACAUCACCCAACUACAUAUUGACCGAGAGAGACUGCAUUAUUUUCAUGAGGCAGUUAUGUGAGGCUGUCCAAUACAUGCAUGACCAAGACAUCUUGCACCUUGAUCUAAAGCCAGAAAAUGUGCUCUGUGUCAACGAUAACAGUAACCAAAUAAAGCUGAUCGACUUCAAUCUGUCGCGCCCUCACAAGCCCGGAGAUACCACAAAAGUGAUGUUUGGCACACCCGAGUUUGUUGCUCCGGAAGUGAUUAACUAUGAGCCAGUUGACAAGGCCACGGACAUGUGGAGCGUUGGUGUGAUUGCUUACACUCUGCUUUCAGGCUUGUCUCCGUUUGCUGGCGAGACUGACCAAGAAACACUAGAAAAUGUCACCAAGGGUGAAUGGGACUUUGAUGACGAAGCUUUUUCAAACAUAUCUGAAGAAGGCAAAGACUUCAUAACGCAUCUUAUAGAAAAGGCACAGAGGAAGAGAAUGAGCGCUGAAGAGUGCAUAGGACAUCCUUGGCUAGCUCAGGAUCCAAACAGAGUCAAAGGCACCACAAUCGAUACAGACAAGCACAAGCGACUACUGGUCCAGAGAAAGUGGCAGGAAAAACAGCUGCUGCAGAAGCCAGAGUUUGUCGAAAAGAUGGAGAACACUACUGUAACGGAAGGCAAUCGCGCCAUAUUCACAGUAAAGUUGGGCGGAAUUCCAGAACCCUCAGUAGAGUUCUUCCGUGACGGAGAACUUAUUGAAGAGGGAGGGCGCCACCAGUUCUUGUACAGUGAAGAUGGCACAUGCGCGCUGGUUUUGAACCGCGUUACAUCGGCUGACGAAGACCAAUAUGAAUGUACAAUCUCAAACUCCUUAGGGGAAGCGACUUGCGUCGCUGAGCUCAUCGUCGCCGAAAUUCUUGAAGCUGAAGGCAGACCAGACGUACACUGUCUUUGAGGAUCUAAUCGAAAACCACAAGUACUUUGUCGGUGUGGCAGCAGAGAACGUAUACGGAGUGAGUGACCCUCUGGAGGUAGUGGUUGUCAUUGGACAGAUUGGACAGAGAGAACCGGAUGCUAGUUUCACAAAGCCUCUGGAAGACCUCGAAGUUGUCCGUGGCCAGGAUGCCAAGUUUAGCUGUGAGGUUGAUAAACUGAGUGGCGCGAUCAAGUGGCUGCAAGAUGGUGUUCCAAUUAAACCUAGCAGCAAGUUUGAGAUGAGCACAGAUGAAGAGAAGAAGACGAUUACGCUUGUCAUCAAGGAAGCUGAUUUCGAUGAUGAGGCAGUGUACACCUGCAUGUGCGGUCGCAAGCAGUGUGUUGCGGACCUCCUUGUUAAUGAACCACCACCUAGUUUCACUAAGGAGCUGGAGGACAAGGAAGUAAUGGAAUCAAACCCUGUCACAUUUGAGUGCAUUGUAGACCAGGAUAAUCUAAAGAACGUGAAGUGGCUGAAGGACGGACGCCGUAUUCAGACGGGAGAGAGAAUCCGCACUAAGAUUGACAGAAACAAAUUGACACUAACAAUAAAGGAAGCUUGCUUGGAUGACCAGGGCACAUACACUUGCAAGCUAGAGGGCAACAAGUCAGCAGCCAAGCUGAGUGUAAAAUCUGAGCCAGGAUUCAGUUCACAGCUUAGAGAUGUUGAAGUUAUGGAGAAAGAAAGCAUUGAGCUGGUGUGUGAGGUUGCCCACAAGGACAUGGAGGUGAAGUGGUUGAAGAACCAGAGACCGUUGAGACCAGGAGGUCGCAUUGAGGUCAGUGAGGACGGCUGUCGGCGCAAGCUGUUCAUCCGGGAAGCGUCUCUCGACGACAACGGAACGUACUUCUGCCAAACGGGAAACAAGCAGACGGCGUGCAUCGUGAAUGUGGAAGAGGCUCCAGCAGCAGAAUUUAUCAGGAAAUUGGAAGAUGUUAGCUGUGGAGAGCACGAUACGGUGACCUUGUCGUGCGAAGUAUCAUUUGAUGAUGCUGACGUGACAUGGCUGAAAGAUGGGAAACCCAUCAGAGAAUCUGGUGAGAAGUAUGAGAUUGUCAAGAACGGGACACUGCGCAAGCUCGUUAUCAACGACGUCGUUAGGGAAGAUAAGGGCCGUUACGUCUGCCAGGCUGGAGACAACCGAACAAAAGCUGAUGUUACUGUUGAGAUUCCUCCAAGAGUGUUUGUGGAUAAGAGGUUUGAGGAAGUCACUGUCAGUGCUGAUGAACUGCUAAGCCUAGAACUUGGCUAUGAAGGUUACCCUCCAUGCACUGUCACAUGGAUCUUAGAAGAGCAAGAAAUUACAGAGACUCGCAGAAUAAGAGUAGUGACAUCCGAGAAGAAAUCACAACUCGUAGUGAAACCUGUGCAGGGGAAGGAUGCAGGCAACUACAAGUGCAUAGUCGAAAAUGAACAUGGACAGGAAACUGUGCCAUUCAGAGUCAAUGUUAUUGAUAAGCCAGGACCUCCACAGGAUCUGAAGGUGACUGAGGUCACACACGACUCCAUUACACUAACAUGGGAUGAACCAAAAGACAGUGGUGGCGAUGAAAUCAAAGGCUAUCUCAUUGAAAGGAGGGACACUAAGAGACAGUCGUUCCAAGUUGCUGGCAGAACACAAGACACUACCUUUACUAUUACUGACCUUAUCGAGGGAAAUAAAUACAAGUGCAGGGUUACUGCUGAGAACAGACAAGGCCAGGGCGAGCCUGCAGAGACCAUGGGAGCAAUUGAAGUUAAAGACCAAUUUACUGAGCCAACCGCUCCCAAGGGAAAGCCCAUUGUAUCCAACAUCACUCCUGACUCUUGCAAAGUGACAUGGGAGCCACCUGAGGACAAUGGUGGAUCACCUAUUACUGGUUACGUCCUUGAGAAAAAGACAAGCUUCAGCCCACGCUGGAACAAGGUUACCCGAGAACCUAUCAAGGAGCCAACAUUCACCAUUGACGGAUUGAUUGAGGACCAGGAAUACGAGUUUAGAGUGGCAGCUGUGAAUAAGGCAGGAGCGGGGCCUCCUGGACCCGCGUCUGAUGUCAUUGUCGCUCGUGAAUGCAAUGAACCACCAAAAGCCCUGUUGGGUAAAAAUCUGAAAAAUGGAAUGAAUGUCAAGGUUGGAGAUGAUCUGAAAAUCACAGUUCCAUUCAGUGGAAUGCCACCACCAGAGGUGUCGUGGACGUGUGGAGACACACCGCUUGUCAACGAUGACAGAGUUAAAAUUGAGACAAUAGGUGACACUGCUGUGCUAACAGUAAAGGAUGCACAGAAGGAAGAUACUGGUUCCUAUGGUAUAAAACUAGGAAAUGAAUUUGGAGAGGAUUCUGCAUCUAUACCUGUCAAUGUGAUUGACAAACCAGCAGCUCCUACGGACAUUAAGGUUGUGGAUAUCAGUGCAGACAAGGCAACGCUUGAAUGGGGUGCUCCAGAUGAUGCUGGUGGUGCUGAUAUAAUCGACUACGUUGUUGAAGUCAUGGAAGAAGAUGAAGAGAUUUGGAGAAAGGUUACGAAGACAAAGACUACACACACGGUUGUGGAAAAGCUAAAGGAAGGUAACAAGUACAAGUUUAGAGUCCACUCUGAGAACGACGCUGGAGCCAGCGAGGCGGUGGAAACAGAUGAAGCAGUUGAAGCUGUUGAUAAACCAGCGCCGCCUCACGCUCUGCUUGACGACAAGCACAAGAAAAUCUACAUCAACGCCGGAGAGACGUUAGUUCUGACGGUGCCGUUUACUGGCACCCCUCCACCCGAGGUGGCGUGGUUUAUCGGCGACGAGCUUUCAGAGAGCAACAACAGAUCGCAUGUUGACGUGAUGAAAGGUAAAACCAUUCUCAACGUAGCUGGAACUAAACCCACUGAUGCAGGAGAGUAUAGGCUUAAGCUUUCCAAUGAUGAAGGGGAAGAGGAAUCACUGUUUAGUGUCACUGUGCUAGACAAGCCACAUUGCCCGGUGCAACCUGAAGUGACUGAUGUGAAAAAGGAUAACAUCACCAUUGCUUGGGAGAAGCCUGAACAUGAUGGAGGAAGUCCAAUUACAGGCUAUAUUGUUGAGAAGCGUGAUACUAGAGACAACCGAUGGGAAACAGUUGCAACUAAUGUAACAGAGACAGAGUGGACGAUACCUCAGCUGAAGGAGGGUCACAGCUAUAGCUUCAGUGUUAGCGCAGUGAAUGCGAUUGGAGCGAGUGCACCAGUGGAAACUGCGGAAGCCACUAAAGCUACGAGACAACCAGAGCCUGCCAAGCUAAAUCUUGAUGAAGCUCUUUUGAGGGAUGGAAUCAAAGUAAAGGGAGGCGAUACUAUCAAGAUAGAAGUGCCUUUCUCUGGAUGCCCAACACCUGAUGUGAAAUUCACUAAAAAUGGAGAACCUUUAGGCAGAAGAGCCAAGGUGACUGUGGAUGAAGACAAGGCAAUCCUAGAAAUACCUAGAGCGGACAGAGAUGAUGCCGGCAGCUAUGGUGUCGAAAUAAAGAAUGACCUUGGUGAAGACUCAGCAGAGAUUCCUGUUACUAUCAUAGACAAGCCCAAGUCACCACAAAACUUGACAGUUCCUGAGACGACGGUGGAUACAGUAACGCUGGCCUGGGAACCUCCGGCAGACGAUGGCGGCAGUCCUAUCACAGGCUAUCGUAUUGAGCGUCGUGAUGCGAGGCGUCAAAUGUGGACUGACGCCGGCACCGCGACCGAGUGCACCUACACUGUUCCCGGCCUCAUCGAAGGUAACCGCUACCACUUCCGUGUAUCUGCCCAGAGCAAGGCUGGCAACAGUGAACCCCUCGAGACAUCACAACCGAUCACGGCGAAGAAUAUGUUCGAUGAGCCAGAGCCACCUGCAGCACCAGAAGUUAGCAACAUUACACCUGAAUCUUGUAUCAUCAACUGGAAACCACCGGAGAAAGAUGCUGGAAUUCCUGUUACUGGAUAUCACUUAGAAAAACGCACAGGUUACAGCCCGCGCUGGAUGAAGGUGUCAAGGGAGCCCAUCACUGACACGUCCUACAGGCUGGAUGAACUCGUCGAAGGAGAGGAGUAUGAGUUCCGCGUCGCAGCAGAGAACAGGAUGGGGACAGGAAGAUUCAGCCGGCCAUCCGAGAGAAUCGUCGCUAAAGAUCACAAAACACCAGCUGCACUCAAGCUGUCAGAUCAGAUGAAGGAGGGUAUUACAGUUAAGAAGGGCGAAACUAUGAAUUUUGAGGUUCCAUUUGAUGGCUCGCCUGUACCUGAAAUUGCCUGGCUUAUGAAUGAGGAACCAUUGCCAGACAGCGUAGUAGUGAGUAACACGGGCACCAAGUCCAUAAUCAGCAUUGACGAUGUGAGUAUGAAUGACAGCGGUGAAUACAAGAUACAGAUUGUCAACGAGCAUGGAGCAGAUGAGGCAAUCAUUCCUGUCAAAGUAAUCGACACUCCAACUGCACCGAACGACGUCAGGGUUGCUAAUAUCACGUCAGAGGAUGCUGUAGUCGAGUGGGAUUCACCAGAUGAAGAUGGAGGAGCUGAAAUCCUCGGAUUCCAGAUUGAAAUCUGUGACGAGGAAACACCUGACAAGUGGAAGAAGGUAGCCUCGACUAAGGCGAAGCGGGUAACCGUGACUGAUCUAAAGGAGGACCAUGAGUACAAGUUCAGGGUCAGUGCUGAGAAUGCAGCUGGAUGCAGUAAGCCAGCUGAGACUGAACAGCCUGUCUUGGCACAGGACAAGCCAAGUGCACCAUCACUCAGAAUCGGUGACAAGUACAAUGAUGGAAUUAAGGUGAAAGCUGGACAGCCUGUCAAGCUGGAUAUUCCAUUCCGGUCAAAUCCCCCAGCAGAAGUAACGUGGGAGUUCAAUGGCCAGCCCCUGGAAGAAGGUGGCAAAAUCAAGGUUGACACUACCAAAAACAACUCUUCGGUCGUGGUUAAAGACUCUAAGAGAGCUGACAAAGGAGAGUACAAAAUCACAGUUAAGAAUGACCUGGGAGAGGAUUCGUUUACUGUUCCUGUAGAGGUCAUUGACAAACCGGCUGCACCUAAGGAGGUGCGAAUGAAGGAUGUGACAGCCAAAGAGGCAACAGUAGCGUGGGAUGCACCGGAGGAUGAUGGUGGUGCCGAGAUUCGGGACUUCAUUGUGGAGAUAUGUGACAUGGAUGAGGCUCCAGACAGGUGGCGUCAAGUGGCUAAAAACAAUGAUGGUCUUGCAAGCUUACAUAAUCUCAAAGAAGAUCAUGAGUACAAGGUCAGAGUUAUUGCUGAGAAUGCAAUGGGAAAAGGUGAACCGAAGGAAGCUGAGAAACCAUUUGUUGCCCAAGACAAGCCAAUGGCACCAUCCCUCCAUGUCGGAAAUACAUAUGAUAAGGAUAACUGUAAAGGCAGGACAACCUAUCAAACUUGAGAUCCCAUAUAAAGCUAUCCCUGCUCCUGACGGUCACGUGGACGUACAAUGGCAAACCUCUUGAAGAAGAUAACAGGACAAAGGUGGAAUCUACCAAAGCAAAAUCCAAUGUUACAGUGAAGAAAACAAAGAAGGAGUGAUAAGGGAGAAUAUACCAUCAAGGUUGAGAAUGAGCUAG